AUGUCGGAUCCUUCCAACCAGAAUGCAGGGUCAAGCCGAACCGUAUCUGAUCCCAUUGUGUUGCCACCCAAGAUAUCAAGCGAGAGUUUUCACAUAUUCAUCGCAGAGGCCAAAGGCAUCAGCAGCGCAGACAAUGUGACAAUCGUCGGAAGCAGUGAACAGUUCAACAAACAAGACUACCUUGAUCCAAGUAAGGUCCAUGAUAUGUUCCACAUUGCGGGCAAAGAACAUUUUAUAUCCUCAGCUGUGAUCACACCCCGCGACGUGUCCGAGGUUCAAGCCAUCGUCAAACUCGCAAACAAAUACAGCAUUCCUCUAUGGCCACUGUCUGUUGGCCGUAACGUUGGAUAUGGCGGGGCUGCUCCCAGAGUUCCGGGGUCUGUUACGCUCGAUCUGGGCAAGCACAUGAACAAGAUCCUCAAGGUCGAUGUUGAUGGCGCCUACGCUCUGGUUGAACCCGGUGUCACAUACGCCGACCUUCACCAGUAUCUGGUGGACAACAAUCUUCGUGAUAAGCUUUGGGUCGAUGUUCCUGACCUGGGAGGAGGGUCUGUUCUCGGAAAUACCACUGAACGAGGGGUCGGGUAUACACCAUAUGGAGAUCAUUUCAUGAUGCAUUGUGGCAUGGAGGUCGUCCUGCCAGAUGGUACUCUCGUUCGCACAGGAAUGGGUGCACUUCCCAACCCCAACGCAGAUCCCAACGUACCACCUCAUGAGCAAGAACCCAACUCCGCAUGGCAACUUUUUAACUACGGUUUUGGCCCAUAUAACGACGGAAUCUUCACCCAGUCCUCGCUUGGCAUUGUCGUCAAGAUGGGUGUCUGGUUGAUGGUUAACCCAGGUGGCUACCAGUCAUACAUGAUCACUGUCCCUAAAGACGAGGAUCUUCAUCAGGCCAUCGAGAUUAUCAGGCCACUCCGGACAUCAAUGGUACUCCAGAAUGUACCCACUAUCAGGCAUGUGCUUCUAGAUGCAGCAGUCAUGGGAAAUCGUGCUUCAUAUACUACUUCUAAUAAGCCACUUAACGACCAAGAGAUUGAUGACAUAGCAAAGAAGCUAAACUUAGGACGUUGGAACUUUUAUGGAGCACUUUAUGGGCCAGAACCCAUCAGAAAGGCCAUGUGGGAGGUUGUCAAACAGUCAUUCUCAGCUAUCCCCGGCGCUAAGUUUUACUUUCCUGAGGAUAUGCCAGACAACGUUGUUUUACAGACGAGACACCUUACCAUGCAAGGCAUCCCUACCUAUACCGAACUAGAAUGGGUAAACUGGCUUCCCAACGGUGCACAUCUCUUCUUCUCACCCAUCGCCAAAGUUACUGGCGACGAUGCCAUGGCGCAGUAUCACCUCACUCGUACGCGUUGCGAGGAAGCCGGGUUCGAUUUUAUCGGUACUUUUGUAGUUGGCAUGCGCGAAAUGCAUCACAUCGUCUGUUUGGUAUUCAACCGAGAAGACGAGGAUUCAUGCCGCCGUGCGCACCAGCUCAUUUGCACUCUGAUAGAUGAAGCCGCUAAGAGAGGAUGGGGUGAGUAUCGCACGCACCUAGCUUUGAUGGAUCAGAUCGCACAGACGUACAACUUCAACAACAAUGCUCAGAUGCAUCUCAAUACCCUCAUCAAGAAUGCUCUCGACCCCAAAGGGAUUCUAGCUCCGGGCAAGAAUGGCAUUUGGCCUCAGAACUACAAGGCGGAAGACUUCGCAGUCGUGCCAACAUCAAAAGUGCCGGGACCUCGUCUUUAA